AUGCGCAAUGUACUUCCAGCUUAUGAAUGUUAUGGAAAGAAACCAGAAUAUUAUUUUACGGAAGGCAAUACAGAGAACGACAAUGAGCCCAUCUUGUUUGGAGACGAUGGAACGGACUGCACGUGUCUUGGUGGUUUUGACAAUUAUCAUUUUAACGACGAAUGUGACAUUUUGUCUCUAAACGUUUUGGAUGGCGUUUAA